AUGCUCGAAAGGCAUGGAAACAUCUCAAGGAAAGAUGGAGUUGGUAUUAUGGGUAUGUAUGGUAUGGGCGGAGUUGGGAAAACAACGCUUCUCAUGCAAAUCAACAAUAAGUUCAGUGAAGAAAGGUGUGGAUUUGAUUUUGUGAUUUGGGUUGUGGUGUCUAAAGAGUUACAUGUAGAGAAGAUUCAAGAUGAAAUCGCUCAGAAAUUGGUCUUGGUGGAGAGGGGAGACCAUGUCAUGCAAGAGACGGUGGAAGAAUGGCGUCACGCGAUAAAUGUUUUGACUUCGUACGCUACAGAGUUUUCUGGCAUGGAAGAUAAGAUCCUUCCGCUUUUGAAGUAUAGCUACGAUAAUCUUAAGGGCGAGGAUGUCAAAUCAUGUUUGCUGUAUUGCGCUUUAUUUCCAGAAGAUGAUCUGAUUUCUAAAGAGAUUUGA